AUGGCUUCUCAAGUACCGUUCCUCCACAGCCUUCAUCAUCGCGACAGUCUGGACCUCUUCGUUUACGGACUACUUCCUCUAUGCCAUGGUGAGCAUCAUCCAUACUCACAUCUAUAUCGCCAGUUAACUCUCCAGAUCGUCCCCGUCAUGCCAACAGCCUUAGUCGACCGCGCGAAAAUACCCUAUGAAGACCGCGAACGCUGGGUCAGCAUUCUCCUCAUCUGCGAAGCCACCGUUGCAUUCAUCUGCUGCCCGAUCUUCGGAUACUUGAUCGAUGUCGCACCCACGCGCAAACUCCCCUACCUUUUCGGCCUCAUUCUGCUCGGCGCAUCUAUGCUCAUCCUCUGUCUCGCACGCACCAUCGGCUUCUUCGUCAUCGCACGCCUCCUACAAGGCAGCGCCACCGCAAUGGUCGUCGUCGCUGGACUCGCCCUCCUCACCGACUCCGUCCCGUUCGAGAACCUCGGCCAGACUGUCGGAUACCUAGGGUCAGCGGUUACCCUAGGGUUCCUAUUAGGGCCGUUACUGGGGGGUCUGGUGUAUAGAGUAGCAGGGUAUCAGCCGGUAUUCGCCAUGGCGUUUGCCAUUGUAGGAUUAGACCUGGUGAUGCGGUUUGCAGUGAUCGAAAAGAGGGUCGCGAAGCGGUGGAUGGCUUUAUCGCAAGAUGAUGACGCCGACGAUGAAGAAACCAACAACCACGACAGUCCCUCUGAAUCAAGCACACCUCAACCUGAAACCACAGACAACGAAGCAACCAUCAUACCCAAACAUUCCCGCAAACCCACCCUCCUACUCCUAAUCCAACAGCCCCGCAUCCUCAUAUCAUCCUGGGGUCUCCUCGUCCACGGCAUGAUAUACGCAGCCUUUGACGCCACAAUCCCCAUCUUCGUCGAAUCCCACUUCAACUGGACGCCCCUAGGCGCGGGCCUAACCUUCCUCCCCUCAUCCAUGACCGCUCUCUUCGAGCCCUACUUCGGAAAAAUAACCGACACCAUAACCCCACACCCCAUCGCAACAACGACCUUCCUCCUCCUCCCCAUCCCACUCAGCAUGCUCGCGCUCUCCACCAACCCCACAAGCACCCACAUCACCCUCCUAAUGAUAAACCUCACCUUGACCGGCCUCCUCGUCAACAUCGCCACCCCCGCCCUGUACCUUGAAACCCAGCGUGUAUUGGAUACCAUGGAGCGCCGACAGCCCGGGAUUUUUGGGCCCAGGGGUGCAGUCGCCCAGGCGUUUGGGAUUCAGACGAUGGCGCAGUUCUUAGGACUGAGUUUGGGGCCGUUGGCUGGGUUCGUGGAGGGGAGGUUUGGGUGGGGGGUUGUGGUUGUGGGGUUAGGCGUGGUUUGUGCAGUGACGGGGGUGGUGGUGGGGGUUGGGUUGAGGGGGGAUGCUUGUUGUGGUGGUAGGUUUGGGGAUGGGGAUGGGGAUGGGGAUGGUGGGGAGAGGGAGAGGUUGCUUGCUGGGGAUGUGAUUGAGUAG